AUGACCUUAGUGGGAACAAACGACGAGAACACAUUACCAAUGAUGUUGGGCGUGCAGCAGCAUCACCACCACAGUGGUUUACACACGAACAAUAUCAACAACAAUGGAAACAUGAAUGUCCAGCGGGGCAAUGUGAUUGUCUCGACUGGUGGUGUUACGAGUAACGAUCUCAAGAUGCAGAAUUGCAAGAGGAGCAAAAUAUACCAGACAACACCCUACGGAACAGUGCCACAUCAGCCGGCCUCAGUGGCGCGGAGAAAUGCACGUGAGAGAAAUCGUGUUAAACAAGUAAACAAUGGAUUUGCAACACUUCGUCAGCACAUACCCCAGAGUGUGGCGCAAGCACUGGGCGGUAAUACAGCGGGUACACACGGUGGAUCGAGAGCUGGUUCGAAAAAAUUAUCCAAGGUUGAGACGCUGAAGAUGGCUGUUGAGUACAUCAGGAGUCUUCAGCGCUUGUUGGACGACGACAGCUCCGAGACAAGCAGUGCACCGUCAACAUCGCCAUCGCCAGUAUCAUCCACCUGUGGCUCGACAUCGAGAAUUGAUAUGCACACGAACGACUUGCAUUCACCACAUGUUACGGAUAUACAUCGACAGCAUCUUAGGCAGAAUCCGAGCCCGUCGUCCUUCGUACCACCGCCGUGCUCCGAGGCAUCCAGUUCACCGACCCCGAGCUUCAUCUCCGAAACAUCCUCCGGUGGUAGUCAGGGAUAUGGCAGUGCAUCAACAGCGUUAUAUCCACCGCACAACGAUAGCUACGAUAAUUAUGGUCCAAUGAGUCCUGAGGACGAGGAGUUACUUGAUGUCAUCACCUGGUGGCAGCAGAGCCAAUGA